AUGACCAACGAGAAUUACUUUCUGACCGUCGAUAUCGGCACCACCACAAUCCGCUCAGUGCUCUAUGAUUCAAACUGCGAAGAACGCGGCAGUUAUCAGGAAAAUGUUCAGAAAUAGACAAUCGUUGUUUUGUUCUAUAACUCGUUUUACAGGUCAACACUAUCUAUUCAACGGGAAACGACAAUGAGGUGCACGUGGAAAUCGAACCCGAGGAGUUUUUCGAGCAGUUCUUGCGGGUUAUCCAGCGAGUUUGUGAGUUGUACUCUUACACGUGGUGUAAUCAACAAUGAACCGACCAAGACCAUAGCGUGAUGCCUUUCCCUCUCAGACUACAACUCGAAUGUAUAGUCUGUGUCCCAGCGACCGUAUCCCGCGAUUUGUUUGUCUAUGAUUAGUGCCGAGAACCGAAAAUUAAGAACAAAUCACACAACAACAAUCCAUUGUUUUGCUUAGAGUGAUGUCACCUGAGACACUCGAGUGCAAUUUUUGAUUGCAACUUGAAAAACUGACACUGGUUCUCUCGUCUUUCACUCUUAACCAAAUGAUCAGUAACAUGGAGUGGCAAUCACUGAAAAAACAGCGCUUGACCAGAAGAACAUGGUGACAGUCGGUUAUCUUCUCGCAGGCAAACCGGUGUUCGUUUCGAUACUAGUGUCUAGUUGUAGUCUCUGAUAAGAGAUGAUAGUUUGAUGGUGGGGUGAUUCCCCGAAAUUGAAAUUAAAACUGACUUCUUGAACUGACAAUGAAAAAUCAAAUAAACUGUUUCAGAUAAUGCUGUGCCACCUGACGCAGACGUCAAUGUCGGACUCUGCACUCAGCGAAACUCAAUCGUACUUUGGAACAAGUGAGUCUGGAAUGACAAUCACCCGAAAACCCUCUCACAUUAUGCAAUUUCAGAAGGACACGUAAAGAGGAGACCCGAAUCAUUUGCUGGAAUGACAAAAGAGCCAACAAGACGUGUCAGCAGCUCAACAAUUCGUUCGUGUUAAAGGUCCUCAACGUCGCCGGUGGAUUCCUUCAUUUUUUCACUCGCAAGAAUCGUUUCCUCGCAGCCGAACGACUGAAAUUCCUCGGAGCGAUGAUCUCGCACAGACUGAUAGUCACUAUCAACAGAUCGGAAAAGCUGAAACGGAUGAAAGCCGACGGAGAUCUGUGCUACGGAAGUCUGGAGACGUGGCUGCUUAUGCGAUCGGCAAGAACGAAUAUGAUGUGUGUGGAGGCGUCAAAUAUCUCGCCGUCCGGAAUGUUCGAUCCAUGGAUUGUAAGUUUCCUUAAAUGACCCUCUUCAGUAUUCCUUUUCAGAACGCCUACAAUCACAUGGUAAUGAAGAUCAUUGGAUUCCCAACUGACAUGCUCUCCCCGAUCGUCGACUCAAAUCUCGGAGACCUGGAGAAACAACCAAUCAUCGACAGCUCACAUUUUGGAACUGAAUUGAAGAUUUCUUCAAUUGUGAGGCCACUGGAACUAAUCUCAUUACUUUUGAUAACCAAUGUUUCAGAUCGCUGACCAGCAAGCCGCCAUGUUUGGAUGCGGAAUGUGGGAGCGGGGCGAUGUGAAAAUCACACUGGGAACUGGAACUUUUGUCAACGUCCACACGGGCAAAGUACCUUACGCGUCAAUGUCUGGUGAGUAGUUCCCCCCACUCUGGCGCCUUUUUUACUGCGUCACCGCAACUUUUUGAACUGCUGCUGAUCUUUUCGUCUCUUCAUUUGUUCGAUUCAUCAUUCCGCGUGUUGUUUCGAGAUCUCUGUGUAUGUGAUUCGUGCGAUAUUAUCUUCGCAAAUUCUGACGCUGAACUUUAAUCAAAAUGAUCUCAUUUAUUUUCAGGCCUUUAUCCACUUGUUGGAUGGAGAAUCAACGGAGAGACGGACUUCAUCGCCGAGGGAAAUGCACAUGACACCGCCGUCAUUCUGCAUUGGGCACAGUCAAUCGGACUCUUCGAUGACGUCACGCAGACAUCGGAUAUUGCCGGAUCAGUCAGAAAUACGAAUGGAACGGUGUUCGUGCCGGCAUUCUGCGGCAUUCAGACGCCAGUCAACGAUGAGACCGCCUGCUCCGGAUUCUUGGCGAUCCGACCGGAUACCACGAAGGCUCACAUGUAAGUGGAGAAUAGUUUCGGCGGAGUGCAGUUCGUCAACUGUUGUCAAUGAAAGCGAAAAGAGAACAGCGGCAAAACAGAUAAGAACGGUGAAUACUUGCAGGGUGAGAGCGAUUUUGGAGGCAAUCGCAUUCCGCGUGUAUCAAAUCUACAAUGCCGCCGAAUCGGAAGUGUAUAUUAACAAGAACUCUCCAGUCAGGUACUUGAACUUUACUCGACUUUCUCAAGGUAAAUCUUCUCUUCAGAAUUUGUGGCGGAGUCUCGAAUAACAACUUCAUCUGCCAGUGCAUUUCCGACCUGCUCGGACGAAACGUGGAGAGAAUGACUAACUCGGACCACGUGGCAGCUCGUGGAGUGGCCAUGUUGGCCGGAUAUUCUCGUGAAUUGUGGAACAAGGAAGAGCUGAAAGGACUCGUCACGGUCAGCCACGUCUUCACGCCGAGUGAGGAAUCGAGAACGGCUCUUCUGAAGAGUUUCGUAAUUUGGAGAAAAGCCGUCAAUCGCUGUCUUGGCUUCUACGAAUAA